CAAGCACGCAUUUGCGAUGGAGAAGGAAGCCAAGCAAGUGCUGACGGACGCGCGCAAGGACGCGUCGGGCGAGCGCGCGCUCCUGCGCGUCCUCGACCUGGUGACCAAGACCGAGUCGCUUCCGCUCUGCCAGCAUCUCCUCCUCGGCUUGGAUGCGAUGGCCGAGUCGCCGACGACCUUUUCCCGGCUGCUCUUGCUGCAGAACGUGAGCCGCAUCGCGGCGAUCCCCGACUUGUCGGAAGAGAAGGCCGAGUACAUUGGCUACACGCUGGGCGGUCUCGCGCUCGCGGUGACCGACCGGGCGGCCGCCCACAAAUCGCUCGCCCGCACGACGCAAGGCCAUCCCAUGGUGCUUCUCGGCCUCGCCGCCUACAUGGAAGACGCGUUUACGAGCGUGGAGCCAACGCUCUUCGUCAUGUGCUUUCAGUCCCUCGUUGAGCGUGCGCUCGCUGGCCCCACAGCGCUCAUCGUCAAGCAAGCCAUCACGGCCGCGUGGGUGCGUCUGAGCUGGCGUGCGCUCGAGAGCGGUGCGAUGGACGCUGCGUCGAUGCUCGUGCACACUGGCGUCCGCGCCGUGCGCCUCUUGCCGCUCGACUCGACCGAGAACUGCGCGGUCGCCCUUGCCCUACUCCGUGGGCUAGCUGACGUCGCGCCGUCAUUGAACGACCCGGCGCCGACGCAAAGCCUCAUUGCGCUUCUCGUGAGUCUACUGCCGCACGUCACGUCCGCAUCGACCCGCGGUGGCCUUGGCAUGCUCUUGCUUCUCGAGUCGCUUGUCGCUGCCUCGGACUUUAGCGUUGUCGCUGCCUUGGACGGUCAAGUCUUUGUGCUGCUGGCCUUCUUCCUCGCAUCUGUCGAAAGCCCAGUGGAGCAAUCGGCCGUCUUGCGGCUUCUCCGCGUCUGGCUCACCGCUCUCUCGUCCAUGCCGACGCGGUCCGUGGUCAUCGAAAGCCUCUUUGCGCCCGUGCUAGCGCUCAUGACGUCGGCGCGUCAGCCCGAAGCGUCAACGGUCUUGGCGCUUCUCCAAAACGUCCAGUUGCUUCCGUGGGCGCCUCGCGCGUCCGCGUGUGAGGAGGCGAGCCUGCACCCGCAGUACGCUGUGGCCUCGCUGCUCACGGAGCUUGCCACGUCAUCGACGCUCGACGGCUGGUUGGCGCAGACGGCCAACGCGCUUGGUUCGUCGUCGGAUCGAGCGUACGACGUGACAGUGGUCCUGGCGGCCGCGACCUUCUUGUUCGAGUCGCGAUCGACGAUGGUCCUUCCCGCGCUUGCGCUCGCUCGCGCCUGUGUGGCAACAUGGCCGCUUGCUGGGCGGAUCCUCGUACCCAGUCUCGUAUACGUCCUCUCGCGCGCGACCACUGGCAGCGACACGCAAGCCAUUUUGACGGCGCUCGUGAGCACGGCCCGGGACGCCGAGUGCAUGAAGACGCUGCUGCGGACCGUCAAGGCGCUCAGCGCCACGCACCCGUCGACGGCCCUGCGCGUGCUCUACCAGAUUUGGACGCUCGAGUCGCGCGUGUACUCGCGACUGGAGCAGCUCUUGAGUGAGCACCACGAAGAGUCGGACGCCGAGUGGCCGCUCGUGCAGCUCUACACCAUCUACCAGCUCUGCGGCGUCCGUGGCGACCUCGGCCUCAACUUUAUCACGACCGUGCAAGCGCGGUUGGAGUCGUCCUUGCCGUCGCUUGCGGCGGUUGCCCUCGGAUGCGUCCGGUCGCUGUGCGUCGCCGACUGCCUCGACUUUAGCACAGCCUGCAAGAUCAUUGCGUCCAAGCUCAAGAAGAAAAAGAUUGUCUGCAAGGACCACGUGCUCGUUCAAGUUGAGCUGUGCCACUUGUAUGCGGUCGGAGGUUCGAUCCUCAGUGACACGCCGAGUUUUCUGGGGAUGCUCUGGGACGCGACGGCCCACGACGACGCCGACGUCCGCCUCGCCGCGUACACGGCUCUGAAUGCGUACCCGCUGCACCUCGUCGGGCUCAAGGCGCGCAGCGACACGAUUGGCGAUGACCAAGCCGACGAGCAAGCGGUCGAAGCGCAGCUGCAAACCGUGUUGACGGCCUUGGAGACUGAGACGAGCGACGCGACGCGGACCAUGAUCACGACGCUCCUGCAGCGCGUGGGCAAGGACGAAGCGACGCAGCCGCGCAAGCGGUUUGUGGCCGAGCGCACGUCGGGUGCAGCGACGCGCGCCAUGGCCAACGCGCUGCCCAAGCCGUCGGCCCUGCUCGAGUCGUACAAGGCGACGAUCCCGCUUGGCUUGCGGCAGGCGCUCGGCGGCGCUGUCCUCACCUCGUUUGGCUACGUCCCGCUCCCUUUGGACGAUGCGAUUCGGAAGCGCAAGGAAAAGCAUCUCAAGCACUUGGAGAACCUAUUGUCGAGUGCGACCGACCUCCUCGCGCAGCUCGAAGACGAAGCCAAGGCGACGGCCGAUGUCCCGCUCUUGUUGGCGCAUUUGCAUGGCUGGGACAAGUUUCUGCACCAUUACAUAUCGCUUGUCCGCGAUAGCGAGGCGCUGCGCGGCGGCUUGGACGACGGCGACAUUGAGUCGCUCCGCCGUGCAGCGCUGCAUCUUUUGUCGCGCUGGGAGCCGCUCGUGGGCACCAAGCCCAACGUCGCGAUCGCCCUUGGUGUCCUCGCGCGCCUCUUGCCGUCCGAACUCCACGUCCUUGGCGGCCGCAUCGUUGAAGUUCUCUUGCGGGCGCUCACCAAGGCCAUGCAAGCACACGCGUCUUCGUCGAUUGUCGCCGACGUUGACGGUCCCAGUGCCGCGAUCCUCGGUCUCGGUGUCGCACUCCAAGGGGCGCUCAGCAUGCACGAGACGCGCGUCGACGAAGUAGUCGAGAAGCUUAUGGGCAUCGCGGUGUCCGAAGCGGCGUUGGCGCCAUCGUGUCUCAUUGCAUUGGGUCAUAUUCUACCGGCCAUCAUGCAGCACGGCGCAUCGGCGUCGAUCACCGCGCUCUGGCACUGGCUUUUGGAGCAGCUCUUGGUGACGACCCUCGAGAGCUCAAGUGACGUGGACAAGGUGCGCACGGCGUUGAUGACGCACCCGGCGUCAUUGACACUCGUGUCGGUGCAGCGUGACGCGACCGUGGGCCAUGCCAUCGUGGCGCUCAGUAUGGCCAGCGAGGGUUGCAUGGCCGUCGAAGAGCCGUCGUGGCUUCUCGGGCUCUACCAUUUGCUGCUUCAACUGGCCGAACACGGAGUCGGUGAUGCGUGGAGCGCUCUGCCCCCGGUUCUGUUGCACUGUGUGACGUUUGAGCUCCUCGGCUGGACCGACGUCGAUAUGUUUGUGGCCAAAUGCCAAGCGGCCGUCGACAAGGCGGUGCCGCAGGCCCUCGUCGCGCUGCCGUACUUGCUCUGCCGCACGACCGCGCUCGGUCACAGCAUCUCGCCCGAGGUGCCCGCUGCGCUCCACGCGCGUCUCGAAGCCAUUGCCUCGGACGCCGGCCGCGAGUUUGAUGCGUCGGCGCGGUCGUAUGCGACGCUGGCCCUCGCCAACCUCUUGGGCACGGGCCUCGCGAUCGAUGGCAAGCCGACCGUCUGGAAAGGCCUGUUGGUCGACAAAACGCAAGCCGACGCGAUCGUGUCGACGCUGCAGCAGCUCUGCGCGCUCUGCCCCGUGCAGCGUGUGCGCGUGCACGCGGCGUGGGCGCUGGGUGCCUUGUCGGCGCUCACGACGGCGUCCGAGUCGUUCCAGAUCAAGUCGCGCGGUCUGGACGCGGGCUUGCAGCUGCCGACAACGACAGCGACGUACAAGCUCCUCGACAAGCUUCGGCAGUGCAAACACCCGUCGAUCUCGGAUGCUCACUGGGUCGCAGCGAGCCUUUGCGUGCUCUCCGUGUGCCACGUACCGACAUUUCAAUAUGCGACGUUGCUCUUGCGAUUCUGGAACGCCCGCCUCGGCCCCGAUGUUUCGGUCGCGGGUCUGGCCUUUGCGGUUGGCCACUGCGGCCAAGACCCGUCGCUGUUGAGCUUUCUCUUGGACCUGGCCGAGCUCCCGCGCUUUCGCCCACUUCCGGUGGUCGUCCAGCUGCGCUACCUGGCCGACAUUCCGACUCUUGCCAAGCUCAUUGCGCCGCCGCAGCUCGACACGAUGUUGUCGCACGUCGUCGCUGCGAUGAAGUCGGCCGAGUAUGGCACUGCGCUGGUCUCGGCCCUCGCGGCGUGCAGCUCGGCGUCGACACCGGCCCGUGCGAUCGCCGCCACCGUGGUCUCGGACUCGCUCUUCAAAAGCCUCGUGGCGCUGCACCCGUCGAACGACGUGUGGCGUCACUUGGCCAAAGCCAUGGUGGCGCUCGAUGCGAAGAAGGGCAAGACUGCGCUCGUCGCUGCCUCGGAAGCCAAGACUGGUCCGCUGGCGUUGGCCGGCUGCGUCGCGUUGACGUACCUUUUCGAGGCCGGUGGCUGCAGCUCCAAGGACCUCCAAGCGAUCGUGCUCUGGCUGGCUGCGGGCCACCACGCGCGCGCGGACGUCGAGCUCGUCGUCAACCGCACGGCGAUGAGCGCGGCAAGCCUUGCUCCGAUGGACAAGUGGUGGUGGCUCCACAAUACGCUGCACUGGAUCGGGGUGGGCACCGGUGUAGCGGCCGUCGAAAGCGACGGCUUGUGCCAGCUCCUGAGUGCGCUCUGCCUUGUGUGGGGCGGCGAGCAUGGCAGCAAAGACGUGCUCUUCCUCCACAGCGAGUCGCUGGUGAGUGCGCGUGUGCUGCCGACGGCGUUUGUCGACGUCUUUGCGCGCGUCACGUCCGAGCUCCCGAUGGCACCGAACGUCGACUUGAUGGCGUACGUCCAGCAGCUGUGCGCGGCCGAUCGCGGCAGCGUCUGGAGCCACAUGCUGCGCUACGGCUACACGCUCCAUGGCGGCGUCCGCCUCGAAGCGAGUACGAUGCUCGACACGUUGUGCGACGUCUAGUCUAGUCGUAUCGAACUAGAAACGUGAUAUCAGUUGUUGGUCGACUA